AUUCCUUUUAGUCACACUACAAACUCAUUUCUUCCUACAAAGAACAUAACAAACUUAAACAUGCAAGUCAGAAAUUUCUCCCAGCUUUUCCUUGUCUUUGUUGUUGUCUUGUCUUCAAAACAAGAAAAUGUCAACAGCGAUCCUUCCGUGGAUGAACUAGCACGUCACGCUGGUUAUUACACACUGGAGCAUUCAAAACCAGCAAGAAUGUUCUACUUCUUCUUUGAGUCAAAGAACAACGUUACCGAUCCAGUUGUACUCUGGCUAACCGGUGGACCGGGUUGCAGUGGCAGUGUGGCUCUGUUCACUGAGAACGGUCCAUUCGCUAUCUCGGAGAAUCUCUCCCUCUCUUGGAACCCGUAUAGCUGGGACAAGGUCUCUAAUAUAAUUUACGUCGACCAACCAGUUGGGACUGGUUUCAGUAACAUAUCGGACACUAGCCUUCUCCGUCACGACGAGACUGGCGUGAGCAAUGACCUUUACGAUUUUCUUCAGGCUUUUUUCAAGGACCAUCCACAACUCCAGAAAAAUGAUUUCUAUAUUACCGGUGAAUCGUAUGCUGGUCAUUACGUUCCCGCUUUAGCUUCUCGCAUUCGCAGUGGAAACAAGAACGAUGAAGGGAUUCCAAUAAACCUUAAAGGUGUUGCGAUUGGUAACGGUCUAACCAACCCAGAGAUCCAGUAUGGAGCAUAUGCAGACUAUGCACUGGAGAUGAAGUUAAUCUCCCAGUCUGUUCAUGAAAGUCUCAAACAAGAUUACGUAGACUGCCAAAGUUCCAUAAGAAUAUGCAAUCGUGAUGGUGGUUUAGCUUGUAAUUCUUCUUACUAUAUCUGCAACCAAAUUCCUGAGCAGAUUCUUUCAGAAAACGAAGGCAUAAACUACUACGACUUGAGGAAAAUAUGUGUAGGAGAAAUGUGUUAUGACAUUUGGAAUGUGCAAACAUUCUUGAACCAAGAAAACGUACGGAAAGCUUUAGGAGUUGGAGACAACAAAUUUGAGUUGUGCAGUGGUAAUGUUAAUGACGCAAUGGUUGUGGAUUGGAUGAUUAAUAUUGAGGUUAAGAUUCCAGCUCUUGUCGAAGAUGGAAUCAAUCUUCUAGUUUAUGCAGGGGAAUAUGAUCUUGUUUGCAAUUGGCUUGGAAACUCCAGGUGGGUUGAGCAGAUGAAUUGGUCAGGGCAGAAAGAAUUCGGAUCAGCCAAGACAGUGGCAUUCCUGGUAGAUGGUAAAGAAGCCGGUUUGAUGAAGAAUCACGGUCCUCUCACUUUUCUUAAGGUUCAUGAUGCUGGACACAUGGUCCCGAUGGAUCAGCCAAAAGCUUCCUUACAAAUGCUCCAGACUUGGAUGCAAGGAAGGCUUUCUACUCCAACGGAUCCUCAGUGAUUAUUAUGUUUCUAAUGUCUAAGCGAAUAUAAUUCUGCUUAGUCUCUUGACUUUCUUAGAAGUUUUCCAAGCAUGACUGUUGAGAUGGAUUAAUAAUGAAUGAUAUAUAUUGAAGAUUAAGAAAAAAAAAUGCUCUCGUUAUAUUUAAAC